UAUACCUCCGGGUUGCAGAGCGCAUCAGUCCAGCCAGAGACAGACAGCACAACAUGGCUCCAUCACUUCUUGCAACAGCAGGAGGACUUUUGUUACUUUUCUCCUUCUCGUCAGCACAAAUCAGAGGAGACAACCUUGCAACAUGCAGUCCGAAUGAUGGCUUUGGGAAAUAUUGUCCCACUACGUGUGGUGUGGCUGAUUACAUGCUGAAUUACUGGGCCAGGGUGGACCAUGAGCUGGACUCAAUGGAGAAGUCACUCGAAAUUGUUACUAAUUUGACUCGAGAGGCAGAUGAAACUAUUACCUACAUGAAAGAUUCAACGACUUCCGCUCAGAAGAGCCAACAAGAUGUCUACUUCAAAAAGUCAUCAAGUAUGUUGGAUGACAUCCUACGAUUUGAGAAGGCCAUCAUCGCACAAGAACAGCAAAUAUAUGACCUCCAAAAUAUAAUUGAAUCCAAUGAGAGGCGAAUGGGAGAACUCAAACAGCUCUCCAUUCAGCUGCAGCAGAAGUGCACUGAGCCCUGCCAAGAUACCGUGGCGAUCCAGACUACAACAGGAACAGAUUGCCAGGAUAUUGCAAACAAAGGCGCCAGUACCAGCGGACUUUACUAUGUGAAGCCAAUCAAUGCAAAGGAGCAGUUCCUGGUCUACUGUGAGAUUGACAACUUCGGACGUGGUUUCACAGUGCUGCAGAGGAGACGGGAUGGCAGCGUGGACUUCCACAAGGACUGGAACCAGUACAAGAACGGCUUCGGUUAUCUCUCCCCAGACGACACCACCGAAUUCUGGCUGGGAAAUGAGAAGAUCCAUCUGUUGACAGCCUCCAACACCAUGCCAACUGUGCUGAGGAUAGAACUUGUUGACUGGGAAGGCAACAAAAAGUACUCCGACUACAACAUGUUCAGACUCGGCUCAGAGGCCGACAUGUACCGCCUGACCUACGGUUUCCACUUCGGCGGCGACGCCGGAGACGCCUUUGACGGAUUCGACUUCGGCGACGACCCGAGCGACAAGUUCUACACGUCGCACAACGGCAUGCAGUUCAGCACCUUCGACAGGGACAACGACAAGUACGACGGCAACUGCGCCAUGCAGGACGGCUCCGGCUGGUGGAUGAACAGAUGUCACGCUGCACACCUGAACGGAAAAUACUACACAGGUGGAAGGUACACAGAGAAGGAUGCGGGUGAAUUCGGCUACGACAACGGCAUCAUCUGGGUCACAUGGCACAACCGCUGGUACUCCCUGAAGGAGACCACCAUGAAGAUCAUUCCUCUCAGCCGCAUCACGGCGGGCGGCGGGCAGCAGGCCGGGGCCAAACAGUUCGGAGGACUCGGAGACGCAUAAAAAAAAGCAGACGUGCUCGUGGUCUGCCCACUUUUUGUUUAUGACAGCCUCAAAUUCCCUGUUAGUCCCAAUAAAAUGCCUCCAUGGAAAGUUUCUGACUUCAUGAUGUGUUUUUCUGUGAUCUCUGCACGUUUUAGUCAUCUGACCCAGCAGGAUGAUCAUGUUCUCAAUUUCCCGUCCUCCUCACUGCUGUUUCUUUUUUGCACUAAAUAAACGUGUUUUCUUGAAUAAAUUUGUUUGGUCAUGACUUCGCUGGGCAGUGUUCAGCCUGGAGGCACAACAACAGUAAAGCUCAGGUGGCAAGCAGCUGUUUUAUUAACACACGUGGAGAUUAAACAUAAGAAAGUGGUUAAAAGAAGGAAUUUUGUACCCCAUGUGUGCCCAAUGAUUUGGCCUCGUUUUUUUGUCAUGAUACACAUUUA